CGUUCAAAGUCUGGCGAAAUAAAAAACAUCCCUCAGUGUCAAUUAAAACAAACUUAAACGCAUAGAUUGUAAAUCCGAGUGUUGAGUCACACCAAAUGAGAGAAUACAUGCUCACUACAAUACACGUGAUGGGAGAUGUUGAUUAGUGGUGUAAUAAACUCCGAGCUCAACCUUUAUCACGACUCGGUGGUCACAUGUUGACAAGACAAAAAAGGGUGAGGCAAGUCCAUGUUGCAAUAUAUAACAACGCGGGAGACAAGCAAAUAGUGCUUCAACAUGACAGUGACGAGCGGUUUAAGUGAAGAUUCCAAAAUCGAGAGCGUAUCCUUGCAUGCUCUUGGAGGAAGUGGGGCACAAAUGGCUUUGCCCCAGGAGCAGGAACCGCCGCUGUGUAUUUUUGGGACGGGAGAUUUGGGACGCUCCCUGGGCCUGAGAAUGCUCCAGACGGGCUGCAGGGUUGUAUACGGCAGCCGAAGACCUCACAGCUGCGGCCCCUUGCCUCGAGGAGCUCAGGUGAUGAGCCAUGAGGCGGCAGCUAAGGCAGCUCGACUCAUCUUCAUUUGUGUUCACAGAGAGCAUUACACAUUCAUGGAGACGUUGGCACCUUAUUUGGAAGGAAAGGUUUUGGUGGAUCUCAGUAAUAAUUUGAAAAAAGACAUGUAUGCAGAAGCCAACGCUGCCUACUUGCAGAGACUGGUCCCUGGAGCAAGUGUGGUGAAAGGUCUUAACACAUUGUCGGCCUGGACUCUGCAGAAUGGUCUUCUGACAGGAAAACAGGUUUACCUUUGCGGCAACAGCGCAGAGGCAAAGCAGGCCGUCGCUGAGGUGGCCACCAAGAUGGGGCUAACAAUUUUGGACAGGGGGUCUCUGUCCGCUGCCCAAGAGCUGGAGGACUUCCCCCUGAGGCUGUUCCCCGAGUGGAAGCUGCCUCUUCAAAUUGCUUUGGGCCUCGCCGCCUUCUUCUAUUUCUAUCUGCUCAUCAGAGACGUCAUUUACGCUUACGUCGAGCAGAGGAAGGACAUCUCCUAUAGAAUCAUGGUGUCCCUAGGCAACAAGGUGUUUCCCAUCGUGUCGCUUAUUAUGUUGGCGCUGUGCUACCUGCCCGGAGUUGUUGCUGCUUUCUUUCAGCUCUACAGAGGAACCAAGUACAAGCGAUUCCCAAACUGGCUGGAUCGUUGGAUGCUGUGUAGGAAGCAAAUGGGCCUGCUUGCUUUGGGCUUUGCUUUUCUCCACGUCCUCUGUACGUUUAUUAUUCCUAUUCGCUACAAUGUGAGACAUAAACUCAUCUCCCGUGUGGUGGACGAGAUGAAGAACAACAAAACCACCCCCUUUGAUUUUAAUUAUACAGAAGCAUGGGGAACGGACUCGUUCUACAUCCUGGGCAUCCUGGGCUUCUUUCUUUACGUUCUACUCGGCCUGACGUCGCUGCCCUCCGUGGGAGGCUCGCUCAGCUGGAGGGAGUUCAACUUCGUUCAGUCCAAAUUGGGCCACCUGACCCUUUUCAUAUGUACGGCCCACGGCUACAUUUACGGCUGGAAUAAAUUCCUCCGGCCUUCAACGUACAAGUGGUACACACCUCCAGGCUACAUGCUGUGUCUGAUCAUCCCCUCGGUGGUGCUGGUGCUCAAAAUGCUCAUCUUGCUACCAUGCGUGGAUCGAACUCUCACCCGGAUCCGCCAGGGCUGGGAGAGAACCCCGAACGUGGACACGGGCCAUGGCAACGCCACCAAUAUGUGAACACUGGAUUCAUCUGAGGUGAACCAUCAGAGUUGGAGAACACUAAGGAUUUGAGUCAUUCUUUUUUUAUGUGCUUGUUGUUCCUCGUUCACCAAAAUGUGUCAAAAAGUAGACUUACAUCCCUCGACGACAAACAUUGUUUUGAUAAACUGAGGCAAUCAUUCCCCCCCCUCGUCCUUCCCAAAUGGAGCAGCCCCCGAAGCUGCUUCGUUCUCAAAUCUUCCUCCCUCUCAAGGGCAACGCACGCAUCAAAUUAGAAUAAAGUGGUCGCCGUGGUGUAGCGCUCUCCUUCAGCAGCUUUGAUUAAACACACUUCAACCAGUCUAAAUUGGUGCUACAAGGAGAGACGGGUUUAGCAAACAGAGCGUGAAAACAUUCCGCUGUGUUGUGGUUAUACGAAUCAGUGCGGCUGGAGUUAAGUGUUUACCAAGUGUUGUCCCCUGUCAUCCUUUCUCAUUGAUGUCAUAAAUAUGUCCAGGCCGCAUGUAAUGGAACCUAAACAACAAAUAAUCAUGUGUCGGCUAUCUUCCCGUAAUCUAGAUUUCAUGGCAUUAAAUUAUAAAAAAAAAUCUGUUAUCACUAAGCUAUCUGUUAAUUUUAUUUGAGCUCCUAAGCUUGUUGGGUAGGAGGAGGACUGUAAAACUCAUGAUGAUGUAAAUUAGCAGAAUUGUGAGCAAAAAUAAAGAAACAAUUCUCAAAAUGAAAAAGUUAAUAUUCCAUCACGUGUCCCCUUUAAAAUUCCAAAAAUUACAAAUU